AUGCCUGAACUUGUCGGAAAGACAGUGGGACCAAUUGGCUAUGGCCUUAUGGGUCUCACAUGGCGCAAGAACCCGCAGCCGGCCGAGCAGAGCUACGAAGCCAUGCGUACUGCGCUCUCCCUCGGUGCAAACAACUGGAACGGUGGUGAAUUGUACGGAAGCCCAGAGCGCAACUCUCUACACCUACUCAAUGAGUACUUUACCAAAUAUCCCGGCGAUGCGGAGAAGGUUGUCCUGUCAAUCAAGGGUGGACUCAAGAAGGGCGAAAUGGCGCCGGAUGGCAGCCGAGAGAACGUCAGGCGCAGCAUCGAUGAGUGCCUCAAAGUCUUGGACGGCAAGAAGAGCCUUGAUCUAUUCGAGUGUGCCAGGGUCGAUCCCAACACACCGAUUGAAGACACCAUUAGCUACAUCGCCGAGUAUGUCAAGGAUGGCAAGCUCGGUGGUAUCAGCUUGUCAGAAGUAUCCGCGAAGUCAAUUCGCAGAGCGCAUGGCGUGCACCCAAUUUCUGCUGUAGAGGUGGAGUUUUCACUCUGGGCGACGGAAAUCCUCGAAAAUGAUACUGGCAAGUAUAAGAAGCACAGCGACAUCGAGCCGGAUUCGAUGCUGCACCACAUGCCUAGAUUCCAACCCGACGUCUUCGACGAGAACAUCAAGCUCCUACACGCUGUGGAAGACAUGGCCCAAGAGCAAGGGUGUCACACCAGCUCAGAUUGCCAUCGGUUGGGUGCUCGCGCAAAGCGGUACCAAGGGCAUGCCUACGAUAUCCCCAUCCCAGGCGCGACGACGUCAGCGAGGAUCGAGGAGAACAUGAAGCCGGCGAAGCUGAGCGACGAGGAUAUGAAGGCGCUGGGCGAGAUGCUAAACAAGUUCCCUCCCAUAGGCGCACGGUAUCACGAAGCUCAGUCGAAGUUGCUGUUCGCAUAG